CGCCAAAAAUAGCAAAGAAUAUGUUAAUAAGUAAAAUGUAAAAGUAAAUGUAUGGAAGAGCUUUAAAAUUAUGAAAUUAGGCGAGCAAGUUAGUGCUACUAAUGAAAGUUUAAAUAAAAAAUAUGAUAACUUAAAUGAAGUUUUGAAAAGUGUGAAACAAGUUAAACAAAAGAUAGUGCUGGAUUUAAAAGAUUACUUAACCCUUCCACUGUGCGAAAUACGCAUUAGUUCGUAUGUAUAAUCUACAUGCAGCAGUAUCCUUUUUGCCUGCACCAGCUGUAGCUGCGCCGAAAAAUAUACAAUCACUUGAGUAGACGCAUACAUACAAAAGUUCAUGAGUGUGUGUAUGUUUACGUGUGUGUGUGUAUGCGCGUAGCUUGCGCGAUAACCACUUGUGAAUAUCGAGAAAUAUGUAUGUACUAUUUCAUGUGAAUUUUCAAGGCAAAUAUCACACAGCACAACAAAAAUUCUUGAAAAUACUACAACAAUAGCAAUAAAAAUUUGCGCAAAAAUAUACCGCACGAAAAAGUACGUAUACGCAGUGGAGUGUGCAGCAGCAGGAAUAAGGAAAGAAAAACCGCUUCAAAGGCUAUUUAUGUGUAACUGACAACAGUUAACAGCAAUGCAAUGACACAUUGUAGCACAGCUGCAACAACAACAAAAACAAUAAAAAUAUAGACAAUAGUAAAUUCCCAUUGCCGCCAACGCAACAGCAGGCUGUCAGUUAUUUACACUGCUGCUGUCGCCGUAACCGCCAACGCCAACACCACACUUAUCGUUGCCAUUGCUAUCACUCCAUUGAAUAUUGUUGCUUAUUUACACUGAAGGAAAUGGAUUUUCAAAGCCACAACAACACAAGCGGAAAUAAGUUUGUCUGCCCCAGCGACAGGCAACUGGCAUUGAGAGCAAAAUUACGCGCCGGCUGGAGCAGUUCGAAAACUAAUGAACCUCUACGACCUGACGAACAGGCCGCCAUUAUUUCGGUUAUACGUCGCAAUGAGGAGAUCGAGAUUGCUGAGCGGCAACGCGUCGGCCGGCUUGUCGAACGUGUAGAGAAAAUCAAAGAGCGCGCCGUCGAGCGCGGUCCAAAUUGUUGUCGCCUUUGCGGCGACACUUUUGGACUGUUGCGUUCUACACGCAUAAUUUGCGAAGAUUGCAAGAAGUCAGUCUGUGCCAAGUGUAGCGUCGACAUUAAUAUACGCUAUCACACCACUGAUCGUACGCGCGAAAUAUGGUUGUGUCGCAUCUGUUCUGAAACGCGUGAAAUGUGGAAGAAAUCGGGCGCGUGGUUCUUUAAAGGGCUUCCCAAUUAUGAUGCGCCUAGCAGUACUAAUUCAACGCCCACACAUCAGUCAGCUAGUGGCGCCGCCAUGUCUAAUGUGCUGCUGCCACCGCGUGGUGCACAAAGUUGUAACAGUACACCCACGCGUAAAGUGCGCGUAAAGAAGCUGACAAUACAUGUAGACGAUAGUAGUAGUUCGGAAGAGGAAGUUGAUGGCAUAGGGAAUGAUGUGGCCAUCCGCAGUGGCGGCUCUGACGUUGUUGAUGGCGCCACAGGCACAGUGCGCGCGGCAGCGUCAUCAACAAUAGCCGGCGUAACCAAUAGAAAUGCUGCCAAUACUGAUGUUUCACCGUCGGCGACGCGCAUGCAGCGCGAUGACAGCUUUCGCCUACGCACCUUCGGAUCUAUACGCAGCUUUAUUGACAGUGGUGAGCGGAAACUUUCCAACUCCUUCUUCACCAACCGCCCUCAGGCAGGUAGAUCAGAAUAUAGUCAGCCAGAAUAUGAUACCAUAUCAACUGCUUCGACUGUCACUUCGACUGUGAAUAACAGACGUGAGAGCAACUGUAAUUAUACGCGUCGUAGCUCAGUCUCUUCGUCAUGGUCCAUCAGCGGCGAGAGCUCGUCGGGCAACUCAGCAGCCACAAGCAGUCAAGUGCAUAGUCAUAAUCAAGUGAAUUUGCACUGUCGGGAGUUGCUUGGUUGGCUAGAGGUAGCGGUUAGCUAUCGCGAGAACGUACACAGCCUGGACUGCACAAUGGUAAGAGCGCGUGAUUUGCCCGCCAUGGAUGUGGCUGGAUUGACUGAUCCGUAUUGUAAGUUGAAUAUUGUAACGCCCGAUGGCACCACUAAAUACACGCGUUGGUUGCGCACCAAAACGGUGCAUAAAACGCGCAAUCCGGAAUUUAAUGAGACACUACAAUUUGUUGGUGUCGAGCCGGAGGAGUUGGUUAGCUCGUCAUUAUAUGUAGCGAUCUUCGAUGAUGACAAGUUUGGACAUGACUACUUGGGAGGCGCUAAAAUUGCGCUGGCGGCGGUGCACACCACCAAUCAGUAUCGAAUUUCAGUGCCGCUGGGCGGUGAAGAUCAAUAUAGUAAUGAGGCUGAAAUGUCACAGGAAUGGCCACAUGGUAAAAUUCUUAUAUCACUAUGUUAUAAUACCAAGCGGCGGGCAUUGGUGGUAAAUGUGAAGCAGUGCAUCAAUUUGAUACCAAUGGACAGCAAUGGCAGCUCGGAUCCGUUUGUAAAGCUACAACUAAAACCUGAUUCACAUAAAAACAAAAAAUACAAAACCGGUGUUAAAUGGCGCACACUCAAUCCAAUAUAUCGUGAAGAGUUCUUUUUCGAAUCGAGUCCACAUGAUUUGAAUAAGCAAACUCUAUUUAUUACCGUUUGGGAUAAGGACAUUGGCAAAAGUAAUGACUUUUUGGGCAGUUUGGUAAUUGGUUACAAUAGCAAGGGUGAACGUUUGCAACAGUGGCUGGAUUGUAUAAAAUUACCGGAUCAUUUUCAUGAGAAAUGGCAUUGUUUGUCAGGUGAACAUCCUACACAUUAGGCCGAGGUUGGAAUAAAGUGGAAAGUGGUUAAAAACAAACAAAAAUUGCAUGCUAAAAAAUAAAAAUUAUUCAAAUUUGUACACCUAUUAAAGACCUGAUAAUAUACAGCAGUAAGCGUGAAAAAAUAAAUACUUACAUACAUAUGUAUGUAGGUACUCGUAUGUGGCACCUUGCCUGGCGCAUUUACAUA